CUUCUCCUCGCUGCCACCUCGGCCAGUCAGACCCGGAGACACCUGUCACUACCUCCUCAGCCUUCCCAAGCCAGGAGCCUGGGAGUCCGGCUCUGGCCUACCUCCGGCAGCGCUCCUAGGCGCAGCUCCCGGGCUGGCGGCGCCGGGGCCCGCCCCCUAGGGCUGCGGCGCGCGGGGCGGGGGCUGGGGGCUGCGCGGGGCGGGGCGGGCCCGGGCGCUCCGGGCCCCCUCCCCCGCCCCCCUGACGUCAGCCCCCGGCAGCCUCGAGCUGCUCACUUGGCUCUCGCCCUCCGGCCGGGAAGCAUGGGGCUUCCCAGGCUGGUCUGCGCCUUCUUGCUCGCCGCCUGCUGCUGCUGUCCUCUCGUCGCGGGUGUGCCCGGAGAGGCUGAGCAGCCUGCGCCUGAGCUGGUGGAGGUGGAAGUGGGCAGCACAGCCCUUCUGAAGUGCGGCCUCUCCCAGUCCCAAGGCAACCUCGGCCAUGUCGACUGGUUUACUGUCCACAAGGAGAAGCGGAUACUCAUCUUCCGUGUUCGCCAGGGCCAGGGCCAGAGCGAACCUGGGGAGUACCAGCAGCGGCUCAGCCUCCAGGACAGAGGGGCUACUCUGGCCCUGACUCAAGUCACCCCCCACGACGAGCGCAUCUUCUUGUGCCAGGGCAAGCGCCCUCGGUCCCAGGAGUACCGCAUCCAGCUCCGCGUCUACAAAGCACCGGAGGAGCCAAACAUCCAGGUCAACGCCCAGGGCAUCCCUGUGAACAGUAAGGAGCCUGAGGAGGUUGCUACCUGUGUAGGGAGGAACGGGUACCCCAUUCCUCAAGUCAUCUGGUACAAGAAUGGCCGGCCUCUGAAGGAGGAAAAGAACCGGGUCCACAUUCAGUCAUCCCAGACUGUGGAGUCGAGUGGUUUGUACACCUUGCAGAGUAUUCUGAAGGCACAGCUGGUUAAAGAAGACAAAGAUGCCCAGUUUUACUGUGAGCUCAACUACCGGCUGCCCAGUGGGAACCACAUGAAGGAGUCCAGGGAAGUCACCGUCCCUGUUUUCUACCCAACAGAAAAAGUGUGGUUGGAAGUGGAGCCCGUGGGAAUGCUGAAGGAAGGGGACCGCGUGGAAAUCAGGUGUCUGGCUGAUGGCAACCCUCCACCACACUUCAGCAUCAGCAAGCAGAACCCCAGCACCAGGGAAGCAGAGGAAGAGACAACCAACGACAACGGGGUCCUGGUGCUGGAGCCUGCCCGGAAGGAACACAGUGGGCUCUAUGAAUGUCAGGGCCUGGACUUGGACACCAUGAUAUCGCUGCCGAGUGAACCACAGGAACUACUGGUGAACUAUGUGUCUGAUGUCCGAGUGAGUCCCGCAGCCCCUGAAAAACAGGAAGGCAGCAGCCUCACCCUGACCUGUGAGGCAGAGAGUAGCCAGGACCUCGAGUUCCAGUGGCUGAGAGAAGAGACAGGCCAGGUGCUGGCAAGAGGGCCUGUGCUCCAGUUGCACGACCUGAAACGGGAGGCAGGAGGCGGCUAUUGCUGCGUGGCGUCUGUGCCCAGCAUACCCGGCCUGAACCGCACACAGCGGGUCAGCGUGGCCAUUUUUGGCCCCCCUUGGAUGGCAUUCAAGGAGAGGAAGGUGUGGGUGAAAGAGAAUAUGGUGUUGAAUCUGUCUUGUGAAGCGUCAGGGCACCCCCGGCCCACCAUCUCCUGGAACGUCAACGGCACGGCAAGUGAACAAGACCAAGAUCCACAGCGAGUCCUGAGCACCCUGAAUGUCCUCGUGACCCCAGAGCUGUUGGAGACAGGUGUUAACUGCACGGCCUCCAACGACCUGGGCAAAAACACCAGUGUCCUCUUCCUGGAGCUGGUCAAUUUAACCACCCUCACACCAGACUCCAACACAACCACUGGCCUCAGCACUUCCACUGCCAGUCCUCAUACCAGAGCAAACAGCACCUCCACAGAGAGAAAGCUGCCAGAGCCAGAGAGCCAGGGCGUGGUCAUCGUGGCUGUGAUUGUGUGCAUCCUGGUCCUGGCGGUGCUGGGCGCCGUCCUGUAUUUCCUCUAUAAGAAGGGCAAGCUGCCGUGCGGGCGCUCAGGCAAGCAGGAGAUCACGCUGCCCCCGUCUCGUAAGAGCGAAUUUGUAGUUGAAGUUAAGUCAGAUAAGCUCCCAGAAGAGAUGGGCCUCCUGCAGGGCAGCAGCGGUGACAAGAGGGCUCCGGGAGACCAGGGAGAGAAAUACAUCGAUCUGAGGCAUUAGCCCCGAAUCACUUCAGCUCCCUUCCCUGCCUGGACCAUUCCCGGCUCCCUGCUCGCUCUUCUCUCAGCCGAAGCCUCCAAAGGGACUAGAGAGAAGCCUCCUGCUCCCCUCGCCUGCACAGCCCCUUUCAGAGGGCCACUGGGUCAGGACCAGAGCUGUCCUGAGGAUUUCACUUGGCCCUGGAAGGCCCGGUUUUCAGGGACCAGUCCACUACCAUCUCCACGUUGAGUGAAGCUCAUCCCAAGCAAGGAACCCCAGUCUCCCGAGUGGGUAGGAGAGUUUCUUGCAGAACGUGUUUUUUUCUUUACACACAUUAUAGCUGUAAAUACCUGGCUCCUGCCAGCAGCUGAGCUGGGUAGCCUCUCUGAGCUGGUUUCCUGCCCCAAAGGCUGGCUUCCAUCAUCCAUGUGCACCACUGAAGUGAGGACGCACCGGAGCCAGGCGCCUGCUCAUGUUGAAGUGUGCUGUUCACACCGGCUCCGGAGAGCACCCCAGCAGCAUCCAGAAGCAGCUGCAGUGUUGCUGCCACACCACCCUCCUGUCUGCCUCUUCAAAGUCUCCUGUGACAUUUUUUCUUUGGUCAGAAGCCAGAACUGGUGUCAUUCCUUAAAAGAUACGUGCCGGGGCUGGGCGCGGUGGCUCAUGCCUAUAAUCCCAGCACUUUGGGAGGCCGAGGCGGGCGGAUUACAAGGUCAGGACAUCGAGACCAUCCUGGCUAACACGGUGAAACCCCGUCUCUACUAAAAAUACAAAAAAAAUUAGCCGGCCAUAGUGGUUGGCGCCUGUAGUCCCAGCUACUCAGAAGGCUGAGGCAGGAGAAUGGUGUGAAUCCAGGAGGUGGAGCUUGCAGUGAGCCGAGAACGUGCCACUACACUCCAGCCUGGGUGACAGAGCCAGACUCCGUCUCGGGGAAAAAAAAAAAAAAAGAUAUGUGCCUGCAAUGAGGAAGCUGGGUACUGUUUUUGAGUUCAGGUGAAUUAGCCUCAAUCCCUCGUGUUCACUUGGCUCCCAUGGCCCUCUUGAUGGAUCACCUAAGACUGAAAGGCAGCGGGGAGUGGACAAAGAUGAGGUCUACACUGUCCUUCAUGGAGAAUUAAAGCUAUGGUUAUAUUAGCACCAAACUUCUACAAACCAAGCUCAGGGGCCCCAACCCUAGAAGGGCCCAAAUGACAGAAUGGUACUUAGGGAUGGAAAACAGGGGCCUGGCUAGAGCUUCCGGUGUGUGUGUGUCUGUGUGUAUGCAUACAUAUGUUUGUAUAUAUGGUUUUGUCAGGUGUGUAAAUUUGCAAAUUGUUUCCUUUAUAUAUGUAUAUAUAUAUAUAUAUAUGAAAAAUAAAGCUUAAUUGUCCCAGAAAUCUUA